ACUUGAUGCAUUUAGCAAAAGCUGCUGAGGGUCCAUCCAGCAUCAGAAGCUGCUGAGGGUCCAUCCAGCAUGUGAAGAAGUUCCUUGGAGUGCGAGCGAGACGUGAGUUUGGUGUGCAGAAUGUCUUCCUGUCCUGGCGUGAAAGAGCUGGGUCUGCCAAACACUCUCUACAUCUCCAUGGAGGUGAUGGUGGCUCUGGCCGCCGUGCUGGGCAACAUUUUGGUGGUGCUGGUGGUGUGGCUCAACCGGGCCCUGCGCAACACCACAUUCUGCUUCAUGGUGUCCCUGGCCCUGGCUGACAUCUCGGUGGGGGGUUUGGUGAUCCCCCUGGCCAUCACCAUCAGCCUGGACAUCUGCACCCACUUCUACACCUGCCUCUUCCUCUGCUGCCUGGUGGUCGUCAUCACGCAGAGCUCCAUCCUCUCGCUGCUCGCCAUCGCCGUUGACCGCUACCUGAGGGUCAAGAUUCCCAUCAGGUACAGCACCAUCGUGACCCAGAAACGGGCUUACGUGGCUGUGGUUCUGUGCUGGAUGGUCUCCUUCCUCACUGGCCUGGUGCCCAUGAUGGGAUGGAACAACCGUCAUGAUCUGGACAAACUCAGCCACAACGACUCCAUGGUGUGUAACUUCACCGACGUCAUGACCAUGGAGUACAUGGUCUACUUCAACUUCUUUGGCUGUGUGGUGACGCCCCUGCUUAUCAUGAUCGCCCUCUACGGAGAGCUCUUCCGAGUGAUCUGCCGGCAGCUCAACCGACGUGCAGAGGCCACCUCGGACGACGAACGCUACUACAGGAAGGAGUUGAAGCUGGCCAAGUCAUUGGCCUUGGUGGUGCUGCUGUUUGCGGUGUGCUGGCUGCCGCUGCACAUCAUGAACUGCGUGGUCCUGUUCUACGGGGAAGGUUUCAUACCUCAGCCGGCCAUCAACGUGGGCAUUUUUAUGUCCCACGUCAACUCGGCCCUCAACCCCUUGGUCUACGCCUUCCGGAUUAAAAGCUUCCGGGUCACGCUCCUGGAGAUCACCAGGCGGUGCACGUCCUGCAAAGCCAGGGAGCGCAGUCUAUACCCCUGCAGUAUGCCGGCGCUAACUGAGAAAGUGCCGCAUGAUCCGACAGAAAGUGCCAAGUGAGGCCUUGGUGGACUUUUUCAGACCAGAGAUUUUCAACUCUUGGCCUUCGGGACUGAAGUUCACAGAGCUCUUCCGUCAUAUAGAAGAUUUUUGACUUCCAUUUUGUCAGUAGGUCCUGUCAAGUCUUUGUCCUGAUCUUCAACUGGUCUUAACAUACUGCCAAGGUUUCCAUUCAUGACUCCCAUUUGUUGAGGUGAAAGUUUUAAAAUGUGACAGUCUUGAGUUGACAUUGUAAACAAAAUGAAAAUAAAAGUUCAGCCUUCGGUCCUUACAAAUAUGUGAAAUAGUUCUGUUUUGUUACACUUUGAACUUAAAGCCAUCCAUACAUUUUAUUGUUUUCAUUUAUCAGCUCCAAAGAAUUUCUUCCUGCAACUACAAAGCCCAAAAUCAGUGAAGUUGUCAUGUUGUGUAAAUGGUAAAUAAAAAGAGAAUACAAUGAUUUUCAAAUCCUUUUCAACUUACCCUAUUUCCUUGAAUUCCCACCGGGCAUAUAGUAUGCACCUGCCUAGAAUUACUGCCGGGUCAAACUCGCUUCGCAAAAUAAUUAGCACAUGCUUAGUAUUACCGCCGAGUCAAACUCGUGA